AUGGAUACUUAUCUCGGUGCUGAAAUCCCGGAAAAUUGGGUAAAAGACAAACUCAGGGCAAUGUGAGUUUUUCUUUUCUUGAAAAAAUCCUCUCCAAAAAAUGUUUUUAUAGGGAUGCGGGAGAUGCGGAUUGGAUCAAUCAGAACAUUUUUUGGUAUGAUAAAAAGAUUGCACGAUCAAUCUUCAUGAAUAAACAUGUUGUGUUUAUUGGGGAUUCGUGUGAGUUUUUUGGGGAGAAAUCUGGGAGUUCCAAUCCUGCACAUUUGACUCAUUUCUAAUUUUUAAAAAACACAUUUGGCCAAAACUCCGGUUAAACCUCACUUUUUCUUUUCCAAUCCUCCAGUUUUCCAGUAAUCCGUGCCAUGUACAAAGAUCUACUCAGUCUUCUGAGACACGGCAAUCUCACCGAUCCACGCGAUCUCAAAUUCCCCAACGAAACACAUUUUGAAGACGAUCAUCAAAUCGAUAUCCUUCCACUCGAAAUGAAUCGAGUAUUUCGACAAGCUCGCGAAUUCCAAUCAAAUCAUCAUCUUAUCCAAUACUUCUUCACAUCUCGAGCAAUGCGAAAAGAACACGAAAAAAUCUUAUUGCUCAUGGUAGAGAAAAACGAGAUACCCGAUAUAAUUAUAAUGAAUUCGGCAAUCUGGGAUGUUUCGAGAUAUCAUUUGGAAAGUGAGAGGAAUACGAAAAGAUUGGACAAUGAAAUCAAAACUAUUGAUGAAUAUUUGCACAGACUUUCGAUGUUUUUGAGAAGAGUUCGAACAAUUCUAAAACCUGGCGCAAAAUUUAUCUGGGUUCUAUUCCCAGUCGUUACUGAAUCACAAAAAGAUCGAGGUUUCAUCAAUACAAAUUGGCUAUCUUAUUAUCAUAUUCGAAUUCGGCUUAUGGAAGCAAAUAUGAGAGCCGCAAAAAUCGUUAAAGAAGCUGGAUUUGAUGUAUUAGAUUUAUCGUUUCAUUUUAGAAGUUCCGGAUUUGAGCUUUUCCGAGCUUUAGAUGGAGUACAUUGGGAUAAUUUGGCGACGAGAUUUAUGAAUCAAUUAUUGGUUGGACAUUUGAUUAUGACGCAGAAGAUUAAAUCGGAAGUAUUGGCGAAGAUUUCGGAUUUGGUUAAAGAUAGAAUGUGGGAUUGUUUUGAUAUCAUCCCUCGCAAAUUACUCUUUUUUCAGCGCUCCACAUAAUCGCUGCGAAUAUUUUGAUCGUUCGCUGAAAUUUCUCGAAAAAAUGGCCAAUCCCGGUGAAAAUGAAGGCGAAGAAGAAGAAGAGGACUCUGUGGAGGCUUUUAGAACACAGGUUCUGCAAGAAAUCGAUCAAUCCAAUAGGUAAGGACCUCAAGUUAACGAAAAUUGGUCAAUUCUACCUCAAAAUUCAGCAUUUCAUUUUUUUUUAUACAAAUACCCCAUUCUAUUCAUUUCAGCCAACACCCAAUUUCUGGACUUAUCGAAACUCUUCGAUUAUUUGUGAUUUUCAAACGAUAUUGUCGAAAAUUGAGAAGAGAUCAGGAUUCCAUUCAAAUUUCUAUGAAGAAUGCGCCUGAAAAAGCCAAAGAGGUUUUUGAUAAUUUUGGAGAAAUGUGGCGGGAAUUGAGUUCAGAGGUAAGUGUAAUUUUCUCCCUGAAAUUUGGAAUUGAAAACUUUUUAAACAAAUUGAUGAACUUUUCCUAGUCACCUAAAUAUUUAAACUUAACCUUAAAAUGUUUCGAGAUCUUUUAAAUUUUAGCACAAAACCCUGCAAAUUCCCUCAUUUUUCAGCUCCAAAACCUGCGUUCCUUCUGGUCUUCGCAACCUCAUUCAACACGCAAAAUAACUCUUCAAAGAUUGGGUCGAAAACGCCGAUUACAACAAGAUCCAUCGAGUUCGGUAAAUUAUGUAUCCCAAGAAGACAUGGAUAUCGUUGCUGAAAAUGAAGAGACCAGUGAAGAUGAGUCGGAAGUUCGGAUUUCUGAACAAAAAGCCCAGAAUGACCCGAAUUUGAUGGAAAGUCGAAGAAAUCACCAAAGUAUUCCCCGAAAUGGUCACGAAAAUCGGAUUUUUGAGCAACGUUUGGUGCAGAAUGGUCCAGUUUCUGCUCAAGAUCAACACCGUCCAGUUAUACCUCAGAAUUAUCGUCUUACAACGCCCGAGUUAGCCCGAAUCCCUCUUCCGGCACCACAAUUAUUUUUGGCUCAAAAUGUGGUCCAGAACGAUUUGGUGCACCAUCUUCCAGUUUUUUCUCGGAAUGUUGUGCAAAACCGCCCAGUAGUGGCUCAAACUGCGGUUCAGAAUGGUCAAGUUCCCGCCCCAAUCGUUCCGAAUCCAAAUGGACACGAAAAUUCGAAUUCAGAUGAUGAUUGUCAGAUUAUUGAGAUUUAG